AAUACCUACCCCCACCCCUCACGUUUUCGUUGUUAGUUUGUUAGGCUUUUUGGGAUUUUGAGAGUUAGUUUUCUGAGAGAGAGAGAGAGAGAGAGAGAGAGAGAGAGAAGGCGGAGUUUGGUGGUGGUGAGCUCGGUUGCGUUGAAGCACAAUUGCAAUGGAGGUCAAUGGGAAAUCUGUGGUAGCAGGACCUGCUAAUGUUAUCUUUCUGUCGACGAUUUUGGGCCGGGAUGGGCCAAUGUCUGUUCAUAAGUGUGACUGGAAGUGUCAGAAUGAGCAUGUCUUUGGGAACAUGUAUCGCUGCAAGGUGACUGGGCUCACUCACAUUUGCGACAAGAAUUGCAACCAGAGGAUUCUUUAUGAUAACCACAGCUCCCUUUGCCGCGCAAGUGGGAAGGUUUUCCCCCUCACACCAGUGGAGGAACAGGCGGUGAGAGGGGUCCGGAGGAAGCUUGAGUCAGAGGCCCCUGCUGCAGACAAUUGUUCUUUUAAGCGCAGGCGUGAUGCACAGUUCCAUCCUUCCCCUUUCGAGAGAUCUUUCACUACCGCCAGUCUGAUCUGCAGCAAAGUUGGAGAUGGCAUGGACUUGAGCUAGAGAAAUAUAAGAUAAAUAAAUGACUCUUAUGCUUACCGUAAUCUUGUUCCUUUAAUAUCUUUUCUUAUUUACCUUUUAUGGAACAAAUAUUGAUGAUGAACUUGAUGAGUACUCUUUAAGUGGUGGACCUUAUGCGUCCCACCCGCCUGUAGGAACUAUCUAUAUUUGUAGUCCUGUUUACUGCAAUUUAACUCUUCCACUAGCUUGACAUUGCAAGAGGGCAUGUGAAUGGUGGUGGUGGUGGUGGUGGGUGGGGGGUGUUUAACUGCAUUCAGUAUUUAAUGUCUCAUCUUCUUAAGUUACUGGUCUGGAUUCUGAGUUUAUAUUUGGUUGUUGUUUGUAUUACUUGUUUCAUGAUUGGACUUUGACUUGUAAUAAUCCCAUUAAUUCUGCCUACCCUACUCCCAAUAUCUUAUUACAUUUGGUUCUCUUUGUGACGAUCAUGUUACAAAAGAUCAUUCGUGAUAUGUAACUAAUUUUCUACAUUUGGAUGAGUAUUUUCAUGGAUUUUGCAUUGUUAUCUGGUGCGAUGUUAUGCUCUGUUUCUUUUUCCUGUCUAGUUUAUUACAGGUUACAGAUAUGACCAGGUUUUCUGUUUUCAUUCUGUUAUUUGUUUCAUUCAUCUUAUAUUUUCUUUUAAUUGUUUAUUUUGAUAUAUACGGUCUGAAUUCACUGUCGCUUGUGCAGGGCUUGAAUCAUGUGCUGUGAAGGAGUGAUAAACUAUGCUUGUUUAUAAUGAACAUUGUAUUAUGUGUGAAAAGUUUAUAAUCUGGCUUCUGAUGGAUAUCUUUUCCUUCUCUCAUGCAGGUAAUGUAUCAUUGCUUGGAGAACAACGCUUUUAUUAGUGAUGCUGAUGAACCUACCUGACUCUUCUAAGCAUACAUUGAAGGAAUGAUUGUAGGAUUGCAUUUCGAUUCAUGAAGAUGUAGUUAGGUCAGUCAUGCUGGUUAAAUUAGAAGGCUAGUUACAUGGAGAGCAUAUGACCCAACAUGGUAACUAAUCAAUGCCAUCUACCUCUGUCUGUUGUUCCUCUCCAUGACUGGCUCUAGGACGAUGACUUCAAUUUGGCUUGUCCAAGUCUUAAGUGGCACAGAAAUGCAGCAAAAGUUGAAGCCAGACAGAAUGAAAGGACAAGCGUAAAAGCUUAUUCUAGACAAAACUGAAUGUCUAAACGUGGCGGAAAGCCGUGUUGUGUGAACCACAUGGCAGGAAGCUUUGUUCAGGGGACCAUGAUUCUUCUGUUACUUUGUCUUGAUCCAUUCUGUGUUCAAUGUAAUUGACAGAAAUCUUUCAGCACUAAUAUGCUGUUCAUUUUUCAUCAAUAGAUAUCAGUCAGAAAUUUUUGUUUCCA